AUGGCUGCUUCAUUUGCUUUCCUUCGUGACUUGCGUCCAUACAAGACGAAUUGGAGUGUGCAAGUCAAAAUCCUUCACUCGUGGCGUCAAUAUACGCCUAAGGCUGGUGAAACACUCGAAUGUAUCUUAGCUGAUUCCACGGGUACAAAGAUCCACGCAUCUGUCAAGAAGGAUUUGGUUGUUAGUCAUGCUAAUCAAUUGCUUGAAGGUCAAUGGAGAUUCAUUGAAACAUUCAGUCUAACCAAUGCUGCUGGUCAUUUCAAACCUACUGGGCACGUGUACAAGAUUAACUUUCUUAACGGUACCAAAGUUAGGAUGUCAUUGGUCAAGUUGUUAAUGUUGGUGAUGUUGAGGAGUGAGGACCUUGAUGUUAACAAUAAACCAGUUAAGAAGAUUGACUUCGAGCUCAGAGAUGAGAAUGAUGUGAGAUUGUCUGUAACGUUGUGGGGAAAAUAUGCUUUUGAGUUUUUCAAUUCAUGUGAACAUGCAUAUGAGAAUGGUGCUACCGUUGUUUGCCUUCUGCGUUUUGCCAAGAUCAAAGAGUUCAAAGAUAUUAUCAGUGUCGCAAACUCAUUUGAUGUAACUCAGUUGAGAGUGAAUCCUGAAUUUGCUGAAAUCCAAACCUUUGUUGAAUUGAUCCCAAAAGAUGGUCUGACGCUAACCUUCCGUGGGAGUAAGUCAAAGAGACCUGCUAACUUCCCUAGAGGACCUGAGAAUCUUGUUGCAUUUGAACAUAAGACCAUUAAGGAGUUAAAAGACUCCUUCGAGGUUGGGAAAGCUAAGAUAUUGUGUACCAAUUAUGGUAUUGAUACCAAUUAUGGUACUCGCAAGACUCUUAGGUACAAGCUUCAUGUGAAAGUCAUGGAUAACAUAGGUGAAACCAAACUCAUGCUUUUCGAUACUGUCGCUGCUGAUGUUGUCUCUGAGAGUGCCUACACGGUUCUUAAUGGUUCAUACGACGAGAUUGAUGAUCCUGAGACCUUGCCAUACGCACUGAAAAAUUUGAAAGGAAAGACAAUCCAAUUUCUUGUGUGUAUUGAGAAAGAGAAUUUGUGGGAUGGUCUUGAAACCUACAAAGGUUUGGAGUUCACUUCUUUAAGCGAUGGUAGCCAAGAUGAUUUAUCACCUUCGUCCAAACGAUCUCUUGAUUUGAAAGAAGAUCUCUUUGAUCAGUCUUCCAUAACAAAGCGAAAGUGUGGGCAACCAUCAAAGUUAGCUGAUCUGGUGAACAUAUCUAUUGGUAAACGUGACUUUGAUGCAGUUGUGUCCGCUGAAGAUGAAGAUUUCAUCGAUGAUAAGAACAAUAUUGAAGAGGUUACUAUCACUAAUGGUGCGGUUGAGCGUCGUGGGCUUAAGCCCAAGCUGGUUCGAGUGAAGGUUGAGCCUAAGUAG